UAAUAUUAGCACACGGUUAACGAGGGUGUCGUGUAGUCAGCUGGUGAGCUGGGUGGACUCAGAGGCGCCCAAAGAUUCCGAAGUUGAAAAUCCCAGUCUUCACCAGGAUUCGAACCCGGGACCCGGUUCUGAAGCUAAUAAUUUAAGCGCUUUACCUCUCAGCUACCGCGCCUCUCCUGGCCUAGCUGAAGUCUUACAAGUGAUGUUGAGGCGGCAAUUCGACAUAGGGUCACGGAGGUCACAGUUGAGGAUGCAAGUUGUCAACAUCACGGUAAAAUAACAAACAACCAGAAUCAGAGAAUGGCAGCUUGCUGAUAAACACUAUCGUUUUAAAACACUUUAUUGGCGUCAUUCAAAAUCGAAAGCAAUGACAGUCAGACCUAGGGGACGCAAACAAAUAGUAAAUUUAGAUGAGAUCAUGACUGAUCAGCAGAUAAAGGAAGAAAGGUGGACUUUAGUAGCUUUGUCAGAAGCAACAAACUCUAAAGAAAACUGCUUGAUCUGGUUAGCCAAACAUCGGCUGAUUAAAAAUUCAUGUGAAUGUAUUAAAUGCUGUCAAUUAGCAUCAUUCGUCAACUUUGUUGAAGGAAUCGAUGGCUUUCGUUGGAGAUGUUGUAACUGCAACUUUCGAAAGUCUGUUCGAGAUAAUUCAUUCUUUGGAGGUAGCCACAUAUCACUUGUGCAGUUAUUACAGUUGAUACACUGUUGGUCUUAUGACAUGCCUCUGUUUAAUAUUAUCCAUGAAACAAAAAUCUCUAAAGAACCAGUCAUUGACUGGUGCAAUUCUUGCAGAGAGGAAUGUGAAAAGUAUAUUAAUAGGCAUAAACUUUCAGAAAUUGGUGGCAUUGAUGACGACGAAGAACCAAUUAUUGUUGAAAUCAAUGAAGCAAAGAAUAUUAAGAGAAAAUACCUUACACAUGAAAGUCGUUGGGUGUUUGGGGGCAUAGAAAGACAUUCAAGAAAAGGCUUUCUUAUUGAAAUUCCAAAUAACACCACAGCUUCUUUAAUUGAAGCAAUAACAAAACAUAUUUUGCCUGGAACACAUAUAGUAUCUCGUAGGAUUGCUGCAUUUGCUAAUAUAGCAAACAUCCACAAUGGCAUAUACAGUCAUUCUGUGGUUAAACCACAAGGGAAUUUUGUGGAUGAUGUUGUUCACACAACAAAUGUAGAAAAAUUGUGGAUGCGUGCUAAGAGAUUACUGAAGAGACAAUUUGGUACCAACAAUAUCCAGUUCAGCACUUGCCUGAAUGAGUUUAUGUUCAGAAACUCCAUAGGAGAUAGGCAUAUUUUUGGCGCAGUACUGAUAGCAAUAGCUGAAGAUUAUGUAGUUUAAUGCCCAAAAUGGAUGAAAAGAAACAUUUUUUUGAGUUUUCUGUAGUACCGGUAUGACAUUAAAUUAGAAAUAUAUUUCAAAUUUAUUUUAAAGUUUUUAUAUGUUUGUGAGUUAGGUUAUUCAAUUUUCAUUUCUGUAGUCUGUUUAUUUGGCUCAUGUACUCUCUUUAAGCUGUUUCUACCUAUCUGUAACUUUUCAAAUCAUUUUGUUGCAUCACAUCUUUUCUUGUAAUGUAAAAACAUUUCCAUAAGUUGUUUUUUUUUUAAAAAAAGGUUAGUUUACAUUUUGACCAUUUUUGAAGAAAAACAACUAUUAGAUGUGAUUUACUUGAUGUUAUUAAGCAAUGUUUUUGCCUAUAUAGAGUAAUUUCAAAAUUCAGCAAAUAUUUUCCAAGAAAUACAUAAAACAUUAUUGGUUCAAAAUCUAUUGAAAUUUUAAGCAUGUCAAAAGUUCUCUGUCAUGCCUUAAAGACAAAUAUUUCAAAUGGAGUUUGUUGAUUGUUUUCACACAAAGAUAUAUUUAGCUUUGUAAAGAAUAUAAUGAAAUCAAAUUUCAAAAGUGCUUUUAGCUGUUGAGGGCUAAAUUUUAAAGACAAUUUUACACCUAACAAUAUAGCUGCCCUUCUUAUCUUGGCAUCUAAUAGGGCUUUUUCAUAACAAGAUCUACAUUGGGGAAAUUUCAUUAUCUUGAGCUCAGAUGGACCACAUGCUCCUUUACAUUCAAAAGAAGAUCAACUACAUUUUCAAAACUUUGUAUCACUGUUUUAUGUCUGUUAUAUUCUUGAACUGCCUUGAGCAAAAUUAUAUUUGCUAUACCGGUAUAUAAAAAAUCAAUUAUUAUUAUUAUCAACUUUCACUGGUAUGGGUACUAAUUAAAAUAUGCAUUGUUGAAAUAAACUGAUUUAAGAUCUCAGUUUAGAACAUCGUCUGUUUUGCACAUUUUCUUGUAAUAUUUAGUUAAUACUUUUGAAUAGUAAGAAUUAUUUCUUCAUGAACUCUUAGAUGAGCUUUUCAUUUUGUGUUGGUUCAAUAUCUAGAGCACACAACUUUAGUUUAAGUUGGUAUUUUUUUUUUUAGUAUUAUAAGUACUGGUUAAAAUAUUAAUUACCAAUAUUGUAUGUCAGCCAGAACAAUGUCAGGAUCAUACAGUCCAGAAUUUCUAAAAAAAAACUUUUUUUUUUGGUUUAAUUAUUUUGUUUCAUAAAAAUGCCUGUACAUGUACAUAAAAAAAAUGUAUUUGUAUGGUAACGAAAACUCAAUGAUUCAAAUAAAUAUUAUUUCAUAUAGAAUAGUAAGAAUUAUUUCUUCAUGAACUCUUAGAUGAGCUUUUCAUUUUGUGUUGGUUCAAUAUCUAGAGCACACAACUUUAGUUUAAGUUGGUAUUUUUUUUUUUAGUAUUAUAAGUACUGGUUAAAAUAUUAAUUACCAAUAUUGUAUGUCAGCCAGAACAAUGUCAGGAUCAUACAGUCCAGAAUUUCUAAAAAAAAACUUUUUUUUUUGGUUUAAUUAUUUUGUUUCAUAAAAAUGCCUGUACAUGUACAUAAAAAAAAUGUAUUUGUAUGGUAACGAAAACUCAAUGAUUCAAAUAAAUAUUAUUUCAUAUAUUUUUCUUUUCUAUUGACGUGUAAA